UUAGCCGACACAGGUUUACAGACAACCGUUUCAUUUCGAAUGUUAAAGUCUAUGUUGCUUGCGUAAAAUACGCGAGUUCAUCACUUGAGUCAAUCUAAACUGUAGCCUUGGCGCCAUUUGCGGAGGAGGUUACUGACGUCAUCUGUCUCUUGAAUGGAAACGCGAGAGCCCUGAUGAUGAUGCUACUGCUGAUGGAGCCUUUGUUUAUACAGAACUCUUGAACUGUUUCGUGCCACCAAAACACACAGCACGUUUACGCUCGAAAAGCUACGAAAACUACCUCUGCGCAAAGUUUAAGACACUAAAAAUGAAGAGAGCGCUAACAUCAUGAAGGUUCGGUCACUCCGUGGUUUCCUAGCAACCGGACUAAGAAGUUUUGAGAAGAGCGCGCUCAACAUACGGCGACCAUCGCUGCACAGAUGAUCUCUGUGUAAGAGCAAAGGUACAGUGUUUUGUUCAGUCCGUCCAGUAUUUGAGGAGUUGGUGGUCUAUUGGCGCUCUAAACUGGACCCAGUCAGAAAAAGAGAAAUUCUCCCUAGAUAACCCUUGUUUAUGCGCUGACUUGAGUGGCAGACAACAGUGACUCUUUGCAACUCCUUCACAAGAAGUUCACCGGCUGUAAGGUUGACUGGCAGCUGGACACAGCGGUUAUUGAGAUAUCCAGCAUAUCUGAAAAUGUCACUGCUGAUGUGUAUCACAAAAACAUGGUUAACAACACCCUGGGUGUUCGUGCUUCUGCGAAGGGACGAGCGCGAUUUGAGUUGCAAACUGUCGUGGAUGCGUACUUUUCUGCUUCAGUAUAAUCCCGGGAACACGUGAUGCGCAAAUCACUUUUGUAGCAACAUCUCUCAUUUGUCAGAGGAAAAUCCGUGCGUGUUUCUUCUGCUUUAAGCCCGAGGCUUAACAUAUUUGAGGGUUUUUCGUUUUUCUUUUCUUUUUUUUUUCUUUUGUAAUUCACACAUUCUUUACCAGCAUCAUCACUCGCGCACCAUGCCAACUUUUGCUCGCGUUGCGUUUGUCUCGUAGUGGAGAGAAUUGGAAACUGUGGACGCCUGAAUGAAUGGGGAUCGUGCUUUGUAAAGAUUUCAACUGUCGACAUCCUGCCAAUUUUAUGUUCUUGUCCAGACAAGUGAGUGUGUAUCGUCCUCAUUCGUACUAUAUCCGUUUUGAGCCAAGACCAAACAGACAACAGAGAACGCGUCACAUUAGACCGCCAAUGUCGAAGAAACGCAAAACUCCAGACGACGGCGGCGGCGAGGAUUCCCUUCAAGAAGUUUGUUCUCCUGGUCCUCGCUCCUACGUCUGUUCCUGUUGUCAUCUCCUUGUGGAUAUUAUCAUUCACCAUCAUUAUAAGAGAGCCUGGCCUGACAGAGGAACCCCCUCUUCCGUUAAUCCAGGAGGACGGCACCAUCUACAGGGUCAACGAGAUCUUGGAGUCCCGGCGCCAUGGUGGUCGCUUGGAAUAUCUUGUGGACUGGGAGGGCUAUGGGCCAGAAGAACGGUCAUGGGUUCCCAGAGAAGACAUCCUCGACCCCACACUGCUGGAAGCCUUUCACUCCACUCAUCCAGAUCGUCCUGGGCCCUGAGGGAGAGGUAGACCACCACAACGUCAGGGUCCUCAGCCCUCAGGAGUGGGCCGUGGAGGAGGGGGUUCUGUCACGGAUCGGCCAGGCUCAUCCACCACCCAAUCACAGCUCAAACCCUCACCAGAGUACUGAUUGCACGCACCUGUUCGGAAUCAACACCCUCAUCAAGACCGCUUCAAAAGCACACACCUCACAGCAAUCCAGUGUCCGGUCUCGUUUUUUUCAUAGAGGACUCUCUAUGCUGUCUACACGAUACAUUGAGCUACCUAUCUACCUGUAUACAUACUUACUUUGUUUCCUCCAGUUUGUUCUCCUGGUCUUCACUCCUACGUCUGUUCCUGUUGUCAUCUCCUUGUGAAUAUUAUCAUUCACCAUCACUAUAAGAGGUGUGUGCUGUCUCCAGUUUCCCUUCCACGAUCUCCUGCGAAACAAGGUUAUAGUCUCCAUCGUUCUAAGAACUGUUCCAUUGCCCUUGAUACUCACCUGCCAUUACCUUCUGCAUCAGUUGCUGUUAAUAAACAUACCUGUUUGCAUUCUAAUCCUCUGUGCGAGUCUCCUUCCAUAACACGGACAGAUGGCCAGUCCAUCACAGAUCAAACAUCACAUUGCAAAUCGGCAUCAAGUAGAAUUUUAAUUCUUGCAGAUGUGUUAUGAACUUUUUCUGUGUGAGAAACUGCUCUAGAAAUGUUCACAUUGAAAUACAAUCCAGAAAGCAUCCUAAAAGCUAUAAUUUUCUAAGUUGUUUAAACAGGACUCAAAUUACAAAAACUCUAAUGUUCUCAAACUAGUUGCUCUGACUUUUUCUUUUUUUUAACAGAUUAACUACAAGUCUAAUAGAUUAACCAUGUCUGAAAAUGCAUGCUGUCUUACUAGUUGAAGAAACAAUAUGCAAGCUCUUAUUUUCUCCACUGACUCAAGAAUCUGAAUGCUCAGUCACCAGAUGAAGAAAUAUUUCUAAGUUUUGGAAAGUGUGGGGUCCAACAGACGUCAAUGGGACGUCAAAAUGAUACAGGAAAUCCUUUGAAUAAACCUCAGGGUAAAAAAGGAUUCUGGAAAAGAAACCCAACUCCUGUAAUAAUUACAAAUAACUGUGCUGCAAACUUGUGCAUGCCAUACUGGAGCAAUGAAUUGAAACAUCACAAAGGUGAAGGUGCAUUAUUGACUCAAGAUGAUAUAAACAAUCCCAGUGUAAACAGAGAUUUAGCAUUAAUAUUUAUUUUCAUGCAUGAUUUUGGCAAAUGAAAACCAGUUCUAUUCCAUUUUAAAUGCUGUCUUUCUGUAGCCUGAACCA